AUGCUCAGUGUUAUGUGGCCAUGCUGGAAUCUGUUCUGCGUAGACUGUCAAUCAUAACUAGAUAUAAUCUUCAACAUGUUGCGGGCUUUAUCAAGGAGUCAUGCUCCUGUAGCCCGGCUUCUCUCUCCUUGGAUGACAUGGGGACUCGAGUUCAAGGAGCAGAUGUUGAGGAAGAAAUAUGAAGAGGAGGUUGGUUCCGUGGCAGAGGAGAGAACUAAAAGGGAGGCAGAAGAGCAUCGGUCACUGAUGGCCUUGAAUGAUGCUGAAAACCUCAGAAUGGGUCAAAUACGAGAGCAACGCAUGCAGAAGGAGGCUGAGGCCACGGAACUGAAGAAGAGAGAAGCAGACAUCUUACGCCAGCAAGAGCUGGAGAACUACAUUAAAGAAAAAGAAAGACAGAUUCUUCAACUACAGGAAGAGGCAAAGGACUUCAUCACACAGGACAAUCUAGAUCAGCGUAUUGGAGAGGCUCUUGACAACCCGAAAAACUACAAUUUCGCCAUUGAUAAAGAAGGACGUGUUGUUAAACGGACUGCAUUUCAGCGAUAAAUACAGGAUUUCAAAAACUAAAAUACCUGCAAUGUACAUAAAAUAUAUACUGUCAGUGUCAUCUUUUAAACUGUUUCUCAAAA